AUGAAAGUGAAAAAUCGAAAAUCGAUGAAUUUUUCCCCAUUUUUUCUCUGUCCUCAUUUUGAAAAACUCUGUGGUUUUUUGUUUCCCCAAUUGAAGGGAUAUUUUUGUGGAUAGGAUUAGGUAUAGUUUACCGAGCGAUUGUUGAUCGAACGAGACCACUGCGCUGCGCAUUCGACAUUGUUUUCGUUGUUGAUCCCGUUGAUUCGCAGUUUUCAGCCUGAUCAUGUCUUCCCCCGGACCGCAUUAUUACGACAUGGAUUUAACCCACGCCCCGGCCCCCUCCGUAGCCCGCUUGGUCGUCAUCGCCGGCCCCGCGUGCAGCGGGAAAUCGGGCCUGAUCAAGCGGUUGUUGACCGAUCUGGGCAAGGACAAGAUCGGGUUCAGCGUGUCGCACACGACACGGCCGCCGCGGCCCGAGGAGCAGGAGGGCAUCCACUACCACUUCUUCACCGACGAGGCCUUCGAGAUGGCCGUGCAGAACAACGAGUUCGUCGAGCACACCGAGUUCUGCGGCCACCGCUACGGGACGUCGAAGCGCGCCGUGUUGAGCGUGCUGGAGACGGGCAAACUGUGUCUGCUGCAGCUCAACAUGCAGGGCCUCAAGAAUCUCAAGAAGCUCGACUUGAAUCCGGUGUGCAUCUGGAUCGACACGCCGAACCUGGAGGAGCUGGAGGAGCGCAUCACGGAGCGGGGCGCGGAGUCGGAGGCGGAGCUGGAGGAGCGGCUGGCGGCGGCCAAGGAGGAGAAGGCGUACGGCCGCACGCCCGGCCUCUUCGACUUCCUCAUCGUCAACGACAACUUCGACGUGGCCUACGACGAGCUCAAGCAGCUCAUCGAGCGCCUCUACACGCAGACCGCCCACCAGCAGCAGCAACAACAACACGACCAGGCCAACAGCCACGCAUCACCCUAAAUCCACAAAACGUCGUUGGAUUUCUUGGCGUUGGGGAAUGUGAAGCAAGCUGGGAAAUUAUUUAUUAGAAAAUACAGAUACCGGCACAGAAAUGCACUUUGUUGGUUGUUUUUUUUGUAAGAUUUUGCGCGUGAGGAUGAAUGUGAUGUGGAUGCUUUUUUAUCUCUCCAUGUAACGUUGUGACAUUAGGCUCGAAUUGACUUAAUCCAUUUGUAUUUCGAUCAUCAUUCUAAUUCUGUACAGCUGUACUCUAUAUUUCCGAUAUUUUUCUUGUUAUGUGCUGCAAAAACCCGCAUUUAAUUCAGUGCUUGCCUAUUUCUUCGGUCUGCAUGGAAAAAAAAUCUUCAACGCAGUUAUUUUCUGUACUAAAAUUGGUAUAAUAAUAAAUUUUAAAACAGUUUAAAAUGUAU